AUGAAGUUGAACAUUGCCAACCCAGCCACCGGCUGCCAAAAAUUGAUUGAAAUCGAAGACGAACGUCGUCUCCGUGGUUUCUACGAUAAGCGUAUGGCCCAAGAGGUCUCUGGUGAUUCUCUCGGUGAUGAAUUCAAGGGUUAUGUUUUCCGUAUUUCUGGUGGUAACGAUAAGCAAGGUUUCCCCAUGAAGCAAGGUGUCCUUUUGCCCCACCGUGUUCGUCUCUUGUUGUCCAAGGGUCACUCUUGUUAUCGUCCUCGCCGUACUGGUGAACGUAAGAGAAAGUCCGUUCGUGGUUGUAUCGUUGGUUCUGACCUCUCUGUCUUGUCUCUUGUUGUCGUUAAGCAAGGUGAGCAAGAUAUUCCCGGUUUGACUGAUAUUACCGUUCCUAAGCGUCUCGGUCCCAAGCGUGCUUCCAAGAUCAGAAAGUUCUUUAACUUGACCAAGGAAGAUGAUGUCCGCAAGUAUGUCAUUCGCCGUGAAGUUCAACCCAAGGCUGAGGGUAAGAAGGCUUACACCAAGGCUCCUAAGAUCCAACGUCUUGUCACUCCUCUUACUCUUCAACGUAAGAGACACAGACAAGCUCUUAAGCGCAGAAGAGCUGAGGCUUCUCGUGAGGCUGAGUCCGAGUACAAGCAAUUGCUCGCCAAGCGUGUCAAGGAAUCCAAGCAAGAGAAGAUUGAACGUCGUCGUACUUCUUCCAUGCAAAAGUCUGCUUCCGCUUAA